AUGCUAGAAGCUGCUCCACCUUUCCGUGGAGAGGACCAGGACAUGGUUUUUGAAGAGAUCUUGGAUGAUGACAAGCCUGAGUAUCCACCAGAUAUGCCAGAAAGCAGCAAAUCCAUCUUGCGGCAGCUGCUGCUUCGUGAGCCGGAUGCGCGCCUAGGUGCCGAUCAGACUGAUGCUGAAGCAGUCAUGGCGCAUACAUUCUUUGCUGGAAUUGUCUGGGAAGACAUUGCAUGUGAGCGAACGUUACCGCCGCGUCUGUCAUAUCAUCAUGAAGUUAAAGGGCAAAUGACAGAAUCAUCCGUGUCGCUAGGAACAGGGGAUGACCUUGGUCUAUUUGGUAACUUUUGA